AUGGAAAUCUGCCAGCGGUGUGCUCGUCGUGAAUCCUCCGAAUCAUCCGAUGAAGAUAUAGGCCGUCGCAAUACCAAGCGCCAGUUUUGGGCAGAUGCGGGUAUCUUUGAGCACAAAAAACGCUGUUGGGGAGACCAUCAGUUCUAUGGGAAAGCCGAUAUUCCUGAAGACGAGGCUACAGUGAAGAGCAACGGAGCUUUAUUCGAAAAGAUGUAUUCUGUCAAACGGGUCCGCGUCCGAGACAUGAAUGAGCCUUGGAUUUCUAAUUCGCCCCCAAGUCCAGAUCUUGACUCCGGCUAA